CUGUUUCCUUAUAGUCGCCAUUUUGUGUAUUGUGAUUUAUUUAUAAAACGUUCAAAGAGUUAAACAAUCAGGAAAUAGUAUCAGGUUAUAAUUACAAUUACAUUAUAAUCCAAUAAACACGGAAAAUUGUAAGACAAUAGGCAAAUAAACCAGAAACAAAAUUGUUUUAACAUGACAAAUAUAUGAUAGAACGUAGAACAUGAGAGCAAGAGAAACAAUUUUGAAAAGAAAACAAAAUACCACUGUUCAUGCUGGUAAAGGAGGUUAUAUUGAUUAAUGGUAAAAAGAACUAGAACUCCCAAGAAUAUUCGAAUUAUUAGGCAAUAAGGAAAACAGUCAUUGAGUACCAGUUAACAGUCCUGUCUACUGGUAUUAAGCGAGACAAAUGAAAUCACCAAAGUAUAUUGAAUUUACAAACAGCAUUAUAGAAAAAAACCAAUGGUAAUUAUGUAACUUUUAGGCAGCAGCAUCGUUACAAACCUGAACAUUAGAUUUAAGGAACAUCUUGUAGAUUAAGAUUAAGAAAAAAUGGCAACUGCUGAUAUAUCACAUGUUUCUGAAGAAGAAGAGAACUAUUUGAGAAUGAAUUUGUUACUAACUGGCAUUUCUCCAAGGGCUGUGCGUGUAUUAUUUGAUAAUGAGUUCCACCCUUCUUGCUUAGAAGCCUCAAUUAAACAGGACAUGGGAAAACUUCUUGACUUGAAAAAGAAGCGUGUCAUUAAUGCAGCUCAAUGGAACCUACUGUGUCCCCGUAGUGGUACCCCUAACUCUUCCUCAUUUGAUGUUACAUUAAUGGUUGCAUUACUAAGGAAUUUAACGAAUUUGCCUCCACCAGCUGGUGGAUAUGACCAAUUACCAUCUAGUACAGAUACCACAACCACAGCAGACCUAGCAAGAAUAAAAUACUUCAGAAAUCAGCUAGCUCAUUAUGAUGAUGGAAAGAUCAAGUCUACAUUAUUUAUCGCUGCAUGGGAUGAUAUCAGUGGGGCUGUAGGAAGACUAGGUGGUCCAAGUAUGGAAGAGGAAUGUAGUGAGCUGAAAACUUAA